AUGCAAAGGUUGGUGACUCAGCAGAGACCUGAAUGUAAAGCCGUAUUACAAGAAGUUACUCAACUUGUUGAAGAAAAGCUUUCAUCAAAUAGCAAAGCAUUGAAGACCACAUUUGGUGCUACUCAGCUGAAAAUAGAUGGCGACUUUUUGUAUUUUCUAGAAGAGGCUGCAUCUAUAGUUGUUCUCAUAGCUCUACCAACCUCCUUCCAUGCCUUGAAGCCUUUCAAAGUUCCUGCAUCAGGUUAUUCUUUAUAG